GUCAGCUUACGUCUCCAAAUUUCUGCUUAGCGAACCUGCUUCAAAGAAGCAAGAGGCACGGCUCUUCAGAGCCAUGUUCAGGGCGGUUAAAGAGGAACCCAACCCCAACAUAGUGUUAUAGUAGAGGGUGAACUACGAUGAUGGAUUUUGACGAGAGGGUCCCCGUCGGAUCGAACAUGUAUUUGCCUAGUUGCACUUAUUACGUUUCGGCGGGGGCUGAUUUCUCCGGUCUUCCCUCGUUUUUAUCCCAGACACCGUCCACCCGCCCCAUGACAUACUCCUACUCCUCUAACCUGCCGCAGGUCCAACCGGUCAGAGAGGUGACGUUCAGGGACUAUGCCGCUAUUGACGCCUCUGGGAAAUGGCCGCACCGGGGGAACUUGUCCCAUUGCUAUCCCAGCACGGAAGACAUGGUGCACCGGGACUGUCUGUCGGCGCAGACAGCUGUCGUAGGGGACAUGUUCGGUAAAAACAGCCCAGCAGCUGCUGCAGCCGCAUACCACCACCAUCAUACAAGCGCCGGCUCCACUGCCUCCAAUUUCUACGGGAACGUGGGCAGAAAUGGCGUGUUGCCACAAGCCUUUGAUCAGUUUUACGAAACUGCGUACGGGAACACAUCGGAGAGCUCCUCCACAAAUGGCUACUCAGGGGACAAAACGGCGAGCAAACAGCCCGGUUCAGCGCCGGAGGAAGCACCGCCUUGCCGGGACACCGAAGCAAAGGAGCCCCCGGAUGAGACAAGCAGCCCAGAGUUAUCUUCCGGCAACAAUGAGGAGAAAUCCAGCAGCAGCAGCAGCAGCAAUGGACAGAGGACCCGCAAGAAAAGGUGCCCUUAUUCCAAAUAUCAGAUCAGAGAACUUGAAAGAGAAUUCUUUUUCAGUGUAUACAUUAACAAGGAGAAACGCCUGCAACUGUCACGGAUGCUCAACCUCACCGACCGACAAGUGAAGAUUUGGUUUCAGAACCGUCGCAUGAAGGAGAAGAAACUGAACAGAGAUAGAUUACAAUAUUAUACAUCCAACCCUCUGCUUUAGGGGCCAGAACAGCACAGUCACAGUUCAGGUAGUCCUCUGCUGUGGGGCUGACUGCGUUUACAGACUGACUGACUCUCGGCUUGUACGCUGUAUACCACGGUGGCCGAGAGGGCAGGAACAACUGCUCAGUGGUUAAUUUCAAGUGCGAGGACACCAAUAUCAUGUGAUUUGAAUGAAUCUAAAGACUGAGCAUGAAUUAAGACAGUCUGAGGACUUUGAAUUCGCUCUCGAGAUUCCGAUCUUCGGAAAAAAUGUAGAGAAAGAGAAUUUGUGUGCCAAUGUUAGUAUUAUUGUAACUCACAGACGCCUUGUUUCUUUUCUUUUCACGCGGGUAAAAAAAUAGCAGUCACAAACUGACUGACUCAGUGUAUUUUGUAAUCAAAAGAUGUACGUAUAUGACUUUCUGUUUUAAAAUCAGAAAAGUGGAUUGAGGAUGACGGCGCAGAUGUGACUUUAAUGAUUGAAUCUACAUUGGUAUGACCAAAUAAUGAGUCCAAUCGGAUGGGAAUGUAAUGUGUUUCUGUUUUGUGUGCCUAUUUAUUUUGUAGCCACUAGUUAAUGCCACGGCUAACCAAAUCAAGGUCCAUUAUUACUGAGAGGCCAUUGGGAUUCAUGUUGAGACUGGGCUGACCUCAAAUUCAAAAUCUAUAUUGUCCUUUAGAUUUUUGAAGACUAUCAGUCGAGUGUUGGUAAUGUAGACCAAACCAGAGAGAUAAGCUCGUUCACUGGAUCCGUGUGGAGUUGCACAUAGGUACACACCCAGCAUAUUCACAAAGGCAGGCUAUCGGCCUCUUCGGUCUGACACUGAUACGCACAGCACAAUAUUUUUUCACGACUCGUGCAGUCUAAAAAGCUUUUAGGUGUGCUGUCAGGGUGAUUGCAUUGAAUCAAUUACUCGAUACUCCCACAUUCUUGUGUAAUAUACUAUGUUUCCAAAUAAUAAUAAAAAAAAAAAACACAACAAACGAAUAGAUUAUUGGAAACAAUUUCUGCGUGAUCAUUUUCCCCUACGGGCUUUUUUCCCCACAAGUGAAACAUUUUACGCACGCCAAAUCAACAAAUUAAACUCACGCUUAUUUCACAAUUGUCACAAUUACAUGCAUGAGCAUGUAGAAAACAAUGACAAACACUAAUGUGUAGCACAUCUGAGGGCAAAUUAUAAACAGAGCUGCUUAUGGUGACACACACUCUCUACCUCAUGCAAAUUAAACGGGUUUAUGUUUUAAGAUAAAACUUAA